AUGUCCCCAUCGUUAGCAGCUACGAUGUUCAGUGAUCCGUCGUUGAUCUUCCGCUUAGCUGGUCUAUCCGGAGCGAUGGCCGUCGGUCUCGGAGCGUACGGAGCACACGGAUUACGCUCACGUAAGGAAGUUGACGCUAAACGUUUGCAUUCGUACGAUCAAGGAAGUCGCUACCAUUUGAUACAUUCGCUGGCCCUACUUGCCGCUCUACACUCACGAUUCCCGGCGCUCACAACGGCAUUAUUACUGCUUGGAAUCGUUGUAUUCUGCGGCAGCUGCUACUAUUACGGGCUGACCGGUGAUCGAAGCUUCAUCAAAUCAACACCGUUUGGUGGUGUGACACUGGUUGUUGCAUGGCUAACGUUUGUACUUUGA